AAGUUACUCUGGCUUCUCUUCAAUUGUCGAAUAAAUCUUUCGCCUUUUACUAAAGAUUUCCGUGGAGAGGGGCACUCUAAUGAGUCUAAAAUGAAUUUUUUCGUAGUGCCCGGCGGCUUCGGUUGCUGGGCCAAUAUAUAAUACAUUUAACAAAUAAGUAGAAUUUGAAUUGGCAAGGUUUUUUGUUGAAGACCACUUCCCGUUCCAUAGCAUAGCGAAGGUUGUCAGGUCAGUCAAACUCAUUUCCAUAUUCCAUCAAAAUUAUGCCGUUGGAUUAGGUUUCUGUCCGCUAAGCUUGCAGCCCAUCCAAACAUGUCAAUCCUACUUCCGACCUUUCACUCCGCUUCAAAUAAAAUAGAUGUCAAUGAUCAAAGACAGAGCAAAAGUAAGAAACGUCAGGGGCGGAUGGGAAAUCAGCAUAUACAGAACACCCAGUCCUACUCCAGUUUUAACCAGCCCAUAUCGGAGGCCUCGACGUCGGAGGAUAGGUUUCUGAGACUGAACCGAUACGAGUACAAGUCAACCACAUCGCAGUCCAGCAUUCGAAAGUUGUCGCUAUUUGAGACAGUCAGAAACAACUCAAAUUGGUCACGUCCUCGUCUGAUUCACUGUCCGUGCCAUGCCUGUCAUUGCUCCCUGGACCCCAGCGGGCUGCUGGGCCAUUAUCUGAGGGACCAUCUGCACGGGAUGGGUGUUCCGUUUGCGGAGGUGAGGCCGGAGCAGAAGGUUUCCCUGUGCUGCCAUAUCAGCAGCUUGGAGCACGAUGUGAACACGCUUCUGGGGGUCUUUGGGUACCGUCGAUCCGGCCUCAAUCCGUUGAAAUGCGCCCGGAACAAUCAUCUGCCGGCGGAGUAUCGUCAGUAUUCGCAGCACGGCGUCCUUAUGGUCUUUGGCUGUCGCACCCAGCACUCUCUGCUGUGGCACCGCAAACCAGCCAUGGAUGACGUGCUGGCCGUAUGGGUGUCCACUCCGCUGCAGGAUGUGUCCGUCUGCAUUCGCCUGCUGGUCCAGGCAGAACAGUCUUCGCGCAGCUACUCUAAGCACUUGAAGGCUCGAUCCGUCUGCGCGACCCAGGACUGCAAGGAGUUCAUCAAAACCGACAGCAACUCCAUCCUUAUCAGCUUCGCUGACCUGCGCGGACUAAUGGACUUGGAUGUGUGGCAGCAGCUGAUCACAGUGGACCUAAAGAUACUCGGCGAACAGAUUAAAUAAUCGACAACAAAUUCUUUAUAAAUAUUCUUUCAUUUUUUUUGGAUUACUUUUUGGCCAUGUACAUACAUAAAUAUAUUAUAAUCUAGAGCUAAAUAAACAUUGAACAUAAAACAUUAUGAGUAGCGUUAACGGACAUGAACUUGCACUAGGAUAUAUGUAUAUUUGUAAUUGAAGACAAAAUAUCAGAGAUUACGUUUGAUAGAUCCAGAGUUCCACUUGCGACUACAGUUCACAUUUAGUUGUAUUUACAAUUCAAGCACAAGACAGGCUGAUAAAUGGAUA